GUAGCCUCCUCGCUCACAUCCCGACUGUAAAGACAAAUUGAGCGCGGAUAUUUUUGUUGUUUACUGGUUAAAUAUGAAGUAUUUGCUCCGGCUGGGGCGCUCAUUCGCCCGCCUUCAUGUUCGGUUAUGUCACCAGAGUGUUUACAGCCGCCAUACUAACGCAUGUAGAGUGGGAGUGGACCUCGGAGAGAAGAAACUUGAAAUCUCUUCAGGGAGGUUUGCCAGAUUUGCUGAUGGAGCUGCUGUAGUACAGCUUGGAGACACCUCUGUGAUGGUGACCGCUGUGAGCAAAACCAAACCUUCUCCGUCUCAGUUCAUGCCGCUUGUGGUGGACUACAGACAGAAAGCUGCAGCUGCCGGUCGGAUUCCCACCAACUACCUGCGGCGAGAGCUGGGCACCACCGACAAUGAGAUCCUCACCAGCAGACUUAUUGAUCGGUCGAUUAGACCUCUUUUCCCUCCUGGUUAUUUCUAUGACACUCAGAUCCUCUGUAACCUGCUAGCAGUCGAUGGCAUCAAUGAUCCAGAUGUGCUGGCUAUUAAUGCAGCUUCUGCUGCCCUGGCCCUGUCUGACAUCCCCUGGCAUGGACCAGUGGGUGCUGUGCGUGUGGGUAUGGUAAAUGGAGAGUUGCUGGUCAACCCCACGAGGGCAGAGAUGGCUUCUAGCAGUCUUAACCUGAUAGUGGCCGGAGCUCCCAGCAGUCAAGUGGUGAUGAUUGAGGCAUCAGCUGAAAACGUGCUGCAGCAGGACUUCUGCCAUGCUGUGAAGGUGGGAGUCAAACACACCCAGCAAAUCAUACAUGCCAUCCAGCAGCUGGCACGAGAGCAGAAGGUGACUAAGCGCGCCCCCGUCAAGAUGUUUUCACCCCCGACUGACAUGGUGGAACAUGUUCGGAGAUUAGCUUCUGAGAGGAUCUACGCUGUUUUUACCGAUUAUACUCAUGACAAGAUUUCGAGAGAUGAAGCAAUCAACAAAGUUCGGCUGGAAACUGAAGAGGAACUUAAAGAAAAAUUCCCUCAGGCCGAGCCUUUUGAAGUCAUUGAAUCCUUUAACACUUUGAGCAAGGAAAUCUUCCGCAAUCUAGUGCUCAAUGAGUACAGGAGGUGUGAUGGAAGAGAGCUGACUGGUUUAAGAAACAUUUCAUGUGAUGUAGAUCUAUUUAAACCGCUGCAUGGCUCGGCUCUGUUUCAAAGAGGACAAACACAGGUGCUGUGCAGUGUCACAUUUGAUUCCCUGGAGUCCAGCAUCAAAACAGAUAUUAUCACUACAGCUUUAAGUGGCAUCAAAGACAAAAACUUUAUGCUUCAUUAUGAAUUCCCCCCAUAUGCAACCAAUGAGACUGGAAAGAUGGGAGGCCUCAACAGGCGAGAGCUUGGACAUGGAGCUCUGGCCGAGAAGGCUCUGAGACCAGUCAUUCCUAAAGACUUCCCUUUCACCAUCAGGGUCACUGCUGAGGUGUUAGAGUCAAAUGGAUCCUCCUCUAUGGCUUCAGCGUGUGGAGGCAGCCUCGCUCUUAUGGAUGCAGGUGUGCCCAUCUCUUCUGCUGUGGCAGGUGUAGCCAUUGGUCUCAUCUCCAAGGCUAACCCAGAAAAACCUGCUGAGAUAGAAGACUACAGACUAUUAACAGACAUUCUGGGAAUAGAGGAUUACCUGGGAGAUAUGGACUUCAAACUGGCAGGAACAAACAAGGGUAUCACUGCUUUACAGGCUGAUGUGAAGAUUCCUGGGUUGCCACUGAAGGUGGUCAUGGAGGCAAUCCAACAGGCCACAGUGGCAAAGAGGGAAAUCUUGGGCAUUAUGAACAAAUGCAUAGCAAAACCCAGAGAGAGCAGGAAAGAGAAUGGACCUGUUGUUGAAAAUGUCCGGGUACCUGUCUCAAGGCGAGCUCGCUUUGUUGGCCCUGGAGGCUACAACCUCCGCAGGCUUCAAGCUCAAACAGGUGUGACGAUAAGUCAGGUAGACGAGGAGACUUUUUCCGUGUUCGCUCCAACACCAGGAGCCAUGAACGAAGCCCAACACUUCAUCAGCGAGAUCUGCAAAGACGAUCAAGAACAGCAGCUGGAGUUUGGUGCUAUCUACACUGCCACCAUCACAGAAAUAAGGGACAUUGGCGUGAUGGUGAAACUUUAUCCCAACAUGACUCCUGUCCUGCUGCACAACUCCCAGCUGGACCACAAACGGAUCAAACAUCCGACUGCUUUGGGUUUAGAGGUGGGACAGGAGAUACAGGUCAAGUAUUUUGGACGGGACCCAACAGAUGGCAGAAUGAGGCUUUCGCGGAAGGUGCUCCAGUCUACUGCUACAAGCGUCGUAAAGAGACUGAAUGACAAACAAAGCAUCUCCAUGGGUUCAAGCGACAUGCAGACGUCCAGUACAGAUUCGUGACACUCCCCCAUGAUUGCCUAACUUCUGGCUUUUCUGUCAGAGUAGACUUGGACUGAGUCAACUUUCCCUUUUCAAACAACAGAUCUUGUUAUGAACUAUACAUAAAGAAGGUUACUCCGCUGCUGAGAGUAUGGAUGUGGCAAAAAUGCUGCUGACAUCAUGACUCGGAGAAUUUGCACAAACAAACGGAUAAGACGAGGAGGCAAACAUUUUCAAAAAUACAAGUGUCUACCCAUUUUCAUGCUCUGUUGUUUGACUGUAUCAAAGUCAUAAGAUUUUUCUUUCAUUACACAACAACAGUGCUUCUGUCAUUCACAUGUGUGAUAAUGUUGCCUCUUGAGGCAUAUUUGGUAUCUGCUGUAGCAGUGUGUCCACUAAAGAAAAGAAAGGCAAGUGGGUGACGUGUUAGAGAGAGGUGUUUUCUUAAUCUUUAUAUGGUGUCGCAUUUAUAUUAUAUGUGAGUAACUAAAAUGUAAAUAAAAAACCAGCCACAGGUGGGCCACAUGCCAGUGUACUCCUAGUGCUGUUACCAACCAUGGAUAAAUAGGUCAGGAAGGGGAUCCGAUGUAAAAUCUUCAAAUCUUCAUAUGUGGCUCAUCAAGAAUGAACGACUACCAAUGGUGCUGUUGACCAGCAGGGUGCUGGUGGAAACUGCUGUGCAAGGACAAAGAAAGAGGAAAGAGGGAGGCAGCAGGAGAGAAGGAAAGGUUUGUAAAUGAGAGUUAGGACUUUCUAUGUUGGGAUUAUGGAGACGCCUGAGAGGAGGAAAAGAGAAGCUUCAUUGAUGUAGAGAAGGAGGACCUGCAGAGAGCUUGUGUGGUAGAGAAGGAUGUAAGGGAGAGGGUGAGGUGAAGGCAGAUGAUCCACUAUGGCAACAACUAAAAGGAGUAGCAGUAUGGAGACGUAAUAUGUAAAUAAAGUCAGUAAUGAUUGCCUUAUUUAUGUCUUUAAAUCAACAAAACACCUUCCAACUAUGCCAGAAUGUACUGAGUCCAUGCAUGUAACAUUUUCUUCAUAAAAAGCUGAUUUAAAUCCAUGUUUCAGUGGCCACAUGCAGGCACACAAGUACUGCCUCAGCGUGUUUAAAAAAAGACAGUUGCUUCACAAUAGGAAAGGUUCAUCCAGUGGGUCCUUAAAAGAAACUGAAUGGUGGAGAUGAUAACGUCAUUUAUCAACAUUUAUUUAAAACAAUUUAUUGCAUAAUAUUGGACAGGGAAAGAUCUAAUAACUCUUUGGAGUCUCACAGAAGAAUUAAGUGUUUCUCUGUUCAGCCUUAAUCUAAGAGUGUUAGUAGUAAUGUGUAGGGUUGCAUCAGGAAGGGCCUACAGAUCUGGAGGGAGGAGGAAUGAAAGUCAGUAGAAGCAAGACAGAAUACAUGUGUAUGAGUUUAAAUACCUCGGGGCUACCAUCCAAAACAACGGACAGUGCACAGGACAGUAUAGGCAGGGUGGAGUGACUGUCGAGGUAAUUUGUGGAUAUAUUGGACAAAGGAUGUUGAAGAUGGAGCUUGCCAGGCAGGAGGACCAGAGGAUAACCUCCGAGAAGAUUCAUGGAUGCAGAGGAAGGUUGGUGUGGCAGAGGAAGGUUGGUGUGACAGAGGAGGAUGGACUGAGAUGGAGGCAGAUGAUCCUCUGUGGCUCAUCUUUCUCUGCAGAAUAGUUUAAAUUCAGUCAUGUUGGGAGGUUUUUUGAACAUGAACGGCCUGUUUAAGGUCAUGCGUCUAAUUUAGGUCCCAACUUUGAAUAGACCAAUCCCAAACCUUUGUUUUGUUUUUGUUUUUUUGAGACAUUCAGUGAAGUUUUGGUGUUUUGGAUCAUUGUCUUGCCGCAUAACCCAAGUCUGCUAAAAUUUCAGAUGGCUGGACAUUCUCAUUCAGGAUUUUCUGGUAGAGGACAGACUUCACUGUUCCAUCAGCUGCAUAAAGCAGCAAACCAGCCCCAGACCAUCACACUACCGUCACCAUGUUUGACUGUUGCUUUGAUAUUCUUUUAAUUAAAUGUUAGUUUUACUUACCAAAAAGUUAAUCUUUUGUCUCAUUAGUCUGA